ACGAACUCGAAUUAUAUCACAUCCUUGGUAGCCAUCCUCCAGCAUUCAGUAUGCCUACCCCAAUCGACCGUGCAGUCAGCCAACGUGGUCCAUUCUUUGCCUUCGCUGCCGUUAUUACGGGUGUCGCAGCAUGGAGCAUCUGGGGUCAAGAUCUCUUUCCUAGCCGUGAUCCUACCGGCGACCCAGACACCUGGACUCACGAGCAAUGUGUGACCUGGCUCAAUAACCGGAACCUACAUCCAUCUGCUCUAGCAACAACCGCAGAGCUCCUAGAGCGGAUCAAGGCCAACAUGAGAGUAGCCCGAGAGCGGACUCCACUACGAGACAACGAAACGGCAUAGGCUCAACACUCGUUCGAAGUUCAAGGGAUUUGCUUUAGGUGGCUAUAAUGUUAUGUGAAAUUGCUUUUGCGGAGAUUGUUUCCUGAUACCCCCUGUACAUAAUCCUAGUACAUUUGGAUAACUGCGCGUCAUGUCACUUUGCGAUCAAUCAUUGCUUCCUCCAUGU